UAUUGCCUAAUUUCCAUGUAUUUGUACAGUUUCUAAAGUCCCUUUUGUUACUGAAUUUUAGUUUUAUUCCAUUGUGUUCAGAAAGGAUAUUCGUUAUGAUAGAAAUCAUUUUUAUGAAAUCUGAGAGAAUUCUUCUAAGGCAUUUUCUUACUGGCAGCCAUAAGUAGAAAAGAGAGGGUGGAGUUUAUUAAUAUAGAGUUAAUAAUGAUAAUUUUGACCUGCUUCAGUCCCAGUUUGUAGGUAAGUUAUACAUACCUUCUCUGGUACCCACUUAAUUAAUUUAGAAAGUGAUAAUGAUGAUACCUACUUCGUAAAGUUUUAAGGAUUUUGUAGAGAAAAAAAUAUAUGAAGCUCAUAGCACAAUGCUUGGCACAUAGAACAUGCUCAACAAAUAUUAGUUGUCUUCCAUUUCUAUCUUAAUUUCCCUGAUUUAUUUUAAUUCUGCAAUAAUUUAUAAAUUAGUUAUGUCACAUUAAAGAAAAGUGCUGACCCCAUUAAAAAUAUCCUUAAAAUAGUGAAAGUUUCUGUGUAGUAAGUCAAAAUAGACAAAUGUUUUUAAUAUCCAUAAUAUAUUUGAGUUUAAUUUGCUUUCUUCUAAUUGGGUAUGUGUAGCUCAAGCACUUAAUGCCAAAUUUCCUUGCCCCUUAGACCCUUUUUUAAUAUUAGGUUAAAAAGUGGACUAAGCAAUCUUUCUAUUUAUUCUGAUGCCUAUACUUUUCUAAGAUCAUAUUUGACCUUAAAUAGAUUUUAGUAUAGUGGUAUUAGUUCUUGUGCUUUGUUUGUACAGUUAAAUAUAUCAAACUCAGCAAUUUUGUGGGGGUGUGUCAGGGAUUAGAGAGAUUAGUAAAUGACUUUUAACUUAUAUUCAUCAAAAUAUAACUAUAUAUUUUAGAGAGAAAAAUAGUAGUCAUAUCUCUUGAGUUCAUGAAAACUUGGCUGAUUUUUAAUAAUUAAUAAGUUUUUUCUGCCAGUGAGCAUUAGAUUACUGCUGAGUUUUUAGAGUCAUAGUACCUUGUGGUAGUUUCUCUACAGGGUUUAAAGGUGUAUGCCAGGUUUUUUUGUUUGUUUUUUCCUGUCCUGUUCCUAGGAAAUCAUCCUUACAAAUGCUAUAAGGAGAUUACCUCUAGAAGUUCAUAAAUGCCAUUAAUAUAUUAUAGGGAUCGGUCAGUUCCAUUGUCUUCUUUUGUCAAUCUUGAUCGGAGCUUGCCGAGUAAGUCUAUAAGCCUGCAUGUGCCUGGCAACUGUUACCUAGUGACAGUUUCAGCUGCAGUAGCCAUUGGCUGUGCUGUUGAUUGGGGCAGGAGGACCGAGUCACCUUUCUGAUGGUGAGUUCUUCUGCAUCAGCCCAGGAUGAGGAGGAGGAGCAGGGCUCGGGCUCAGGUGGAAGCAUUGAUGCUGAGAGAUUGUGAAGAAUAUACUGACAGCAUCCUUGUAACUGCUUCACACAGUAAAUCGGACUUCUGAAUCAAGCAGCCCAGCCUAGCAGCUGAUAAGAGUGAAUGUAGGUGAGAAGCAUUACCUUAUUCCUGUAACAAGAGAACUAUUUUGUGAUAAGUGAAAGUAGAAAUGUACAAGGAGAAGUAUCCUAUGGCUAUUAUAAAAGAAGAAGGACUUGCCUGACUUGGUGGUGCAGGAGAAAAUAACUUUCAGAAGAAUGCUUUCUAUUAAGCUGCUGCAUUGUUCCUGGAGGAAAUGUUUUUGUUACUAGUGAAUGUUAUUUCUUCAAAAGGUAUUAUAAAAAAGACUCACAAGAGACUCUCUGAAAUGCCUUUGCUUUAAAAAAGACUUUGGCAAAUGUUAACCUGAUAUCAGAAUGACCUUGGAAGCCUUUUGGAUGGAUUCUAUCCUGCCAGCCUUUCGGUAUUUCAAACUCUAGGUUUGAACUCAUCUUGAUGCUUUAGAGUUGAUCCCUAAGAAACUACCUCUCUCAGGAGAACAAAUGCCCCACAGAAGCUUUUCUUCCCUUGGCAAUUGAUUUUUUUCUUUUUACAGAUUUAAUUUUUCUUAGUGCAAGAUAAUAAAUCCAUUUUUUCUAGAAGUGCCUUGUGUCUGCAAAAACUUCGUUGAGAGCACCAAAGGAAGCUAAUCAGUGACCUCUUUUCACCUCCUUUCUAGCUUACCUCUCUCCCUUCCCCCCCAAAGCUGAGGUGUGUCACUGCUGCACUGAGGUUGAUGAAGAGACUUGAGCACUCUGGGACUCGCAGCUGUGACAGAAGCACUAAUACUGUCUACCGAAGCAGGUUCUGAAGCACUCAUGUGCAGCGUUUAAUAGAUGCUGGGCAGGGCACCUGCUUGCUGUAGCCAAGACUGCAGGUUUCUUUAAUUCCAAGCCAUGAAUGAAUCCAGGUGGACUGAAUGGAGGAUCCUGAACAUGAGCAGUGGCAUUUUGAAUGUGUCCGAGCGUCACUCCUGCCCACUUGGAUUUGGCUACUACAGUGCAGUGGAUGUCUGCAUCUUCGAGACAGUUGUUAUUGUCUUGCUGACAUUUCUAAUCAUUGCUGGGAAUUUAACAGUUAUCUUUGUCUUUCAUUGUGCUCCACUCUUACAUCAUUAUACUACCAGCUAUUUUAUUCAGACGAUGGCAUAUGCUGACCUUUUCGUUGGAGUUAGCUGCUUGGUUCCUACUCUCUCACUUCUCCACUACUCCACAGGUGUCCACGAGUCACUGACUUGCCAGGUUUUUGGAUAUAUCAUCUCAGUUCUAAAAAGUGUUUCCAUGGCAUGUCUUGCUUGCAUCAGUGUGGAUCGCUACCUUGCUAUAACCAAGCCUCUUUCCUACAAUCAACUGGUCACCCCUUGUCGCCUGAGAAUUUGCAUUAUUUUGAUCUGGAUCUACUCCUGCCUUAUUUUCUUGCCUUCUUUUUUUGGCUGGGGGAAACCUGGUUACCAUGGUGACAUUUUUGAAUGGUGUGCCACCUCUUGGCUCACCAGUGCCUAUUUUACUGGCUUUAUUGUUUGUUUACUUUAUGCUCCUGCUGCCUUUGUUGUCUGCUUCACUUAUUUCCACAUUUUCAAAAUUUGCCGGCAGCACACCAAAGAGAUAAAUGACCGAAGGGCUCGAUUCCCCAGCCAUGAAGUAGAUGCCUCUAGAGAGACUGGACACAGCCCUGACCGUCGCUACGCCAUGGUUUUGUUUAGGAUAACCAGUGUAUUUUACAUGCUGUGGCUUCCUUACAUCAUAUACUUUCUUCUAGAAAGCUCCCGUGUCUUGGACAAUCCGACACUGUCCUUCCUAACAACCUGGCUUGCUAUAAGUAAUAGUUUUUGUAACUGUGUAAUAUACAGCCUCUCCAACAGUGUUUUCCGGCUAGGCCUCCGAAGAUUGUCCGAGACGAUGUGCACAUCUUGCAUGUGUGUGAAGGAUCAGGAAGCACGAGACCCCAAACCUAGGAAACGGGCUAAUUCCUGCUCCAUUUGAAGAUGACUACAUAGUAAAUCAAAUGAAAUCUGACAGUAGUUUUGGAUCAUAGUCUUGAUUCAUCUGGAAAUUUGCCACCAUAGAAAUAUUUACUUGAAUAGUUGACUAUGAAGUGAAAAAUGAGACUACAGGUUUCUUUUCUUUUUCCUUUUUCGUGGAAGAAACUGAAGGAAAGGAUGUAUAGAGGGUUAUUUCAUGAGAUAAUUAUAGUAUGUGAGUAUAAUUUUGUAGUAAUAGGAAAAA